UGUUUUUAGUUAUCCACUGACUUUUAAAACUACAAUCUUUAUAACAAGUUUCAGCCCCUUAUUCUUCAACAAUCGCUGUUUCCAUUGUUUUUAUUCUUUGAGAAUCAAAAGCGAUGGACAACAACUAAGAAAAGAAGAAGAAUCGAUUAGUUUAUGUGUCUCUAAUGGCAAACUUCUGGGAAUUACUUAAACCCCAGAAAACCCUUUAAAGCCGUUUUAAAGUUCUUCGAAUUGGAGUGCCCGAUUUCGAAGUCUGAACUGACCCAAUGCCCCCAAGGCGCAAUAAUCCUUGGAAUUUUGACCUCGACCCUGACCUUUACGGAAUCGAUCUCGACCCAUCUGAUUUUGGGUCAUCUCUUCCCCUGAAAAAGGUCCCAAACGGUGACAUUUUCUCUGCUUCUCGUGCCGGAGAUGUCGACCGCCUUCGCUACCUGCUUGAAUCCGGCGUCAAUGUCAACGCUCGCGACCAGUGGGACUCUGUCGCUCUUUACUAUGCCUGCUUGGCGGGACAUCUUGACGCUGCCAGAAUGUUGCUCGAGAGCGGCGCUAUAUGUUCGGAACACACAUUUGAUGGCGAUAGGUGUCAUUAUGCUGCACUUAAUUUGAAGGUCCGGAAGCUUCUGAAGGCAUUUGAAGCCCGACCGCCGCCGCUCGGCCCAUUGCAGGCUGCGUUGCGAGAAACUUUCUUGGGUUGUGGAGCUAAUAGGGCUUAUUUAGAGCAGGUGGAGAGCUUUCAUCAUCUUUCAGGCCUUCCUUUCAAAUCAGAUUCCAACUAUGAGUUCUUCCCUUCCGACGUUUCGUUUAUUGUUCAAGGCAGGCCGAUUGAAGCUCAUCGAGUUAUCCUAAGUGCUCGUUCUCCUUUCUUUAAGAGGAAGUUUCAAGUUGACUGGAAAGAUCGCAAGGAAGUUAGAUUCUCAAAGGAAAAGCUAUCUUAUUCAGCUCUAUACAGUCUCCUUCACUUCUUUUAUUCUGAUAGACUGGAAGUUGCCGUAGAUGAUAUGGAAGACCUUAUCAGAAUUUGUAAAGUAUGCAAAUGCGAAUCGUUGCUCAGAAUUCUUGAGAAAGAAUUGGUUCACCAAAAGUAUGCCCAAUAUAAAGCUUUGGGUAAUGUUGACAACUCAGUGAAGCGAUUCAUCUUACAGGGUGUUUCCCUUCCUGAAGAAGACCGUCUUCCAGCAGCAUUACGACGGAUGCUUCAGAUCACUCUAGCCAACUCAACUAGGGAACUUGGAGAUGCUAAUGAUUUACAUUUAUUUGCUAGUAAAUUGCAGAUCAAUGAUCAUAUGGAUGAUCUUGCAGAUAUUUGUGUUCGGGUCGAUAAAAAGUUUUUCCGCUGUCACAAAGUUGUUUUAGCAUCAAGAUCAGAGUACUUUAAGGCAAGAAUAUCUCGCAUCAAGGAUUUUGGUGAAGGAAAAAAUGAAAUUGCAGUUCAUACUCUUCCAUUUCUCGAAGAACAUGAUUUGAGCAAGGAAGCAUUCGAGAAAAUGAUAGAGUAUAUGUACACAGAUUGUUUGAAGGAUAUAGAUCCUGAUCAGGCAGAAGAAAUGUUCGAUGCUGCUUCACGAUAUCUUUUAUUCCCUCUUAAGCGAGCUGUAGCUGAUGCUUUGCUGCCGCAAUUGGAAAUGGUUCCUCCAGCAGAACUGUGCCAAUGGCUAAUACUGUCUGACAUGUAUGGUGUUAUCAAGAUUCGCGAGUAUUGUUUGGAUACAAUAGCUUGUAAUUUUGAGACAUUUGCUGAUACUCGAGAAUUCAGAGAGAUGCUAUUGACACUCCCUCCACCGUCUGGGGAUUCCUCGCUCCGUACAACAGUUCCGAGCGCUCCAGGAGCUGCAGUUAAUACAGAUCAAGGCAACCUUCUCGAUGAUCUACGAGAAAAAUGGCUUGAAGCUGAGGCUGCUGAACUUGAUAAGAGAGAUGAAAGUGCUCUACUUUUUGAUAAGCGUCUUGAAAUGCUAAUGAUCAUAGCAGAACAAGAAAAGUCUGAUGAAAACCCUUGAUGAAACUGGUAUCUCUCCUAUCUAGUAUAGAUUGAAAAGAGAAUUUUGGAUUGACCCAUUGUUUAUUCAGGCUGUCACACUAAUGUCCCAGGAUAAUUUAGUUUUGGGUUUUGUAACAUUAGUUGUUCCGUCAUUGAACCACAAUUUUACUUUUAGGAAUUUCAAUUUUUUGUAAUAUAUUACAAAAAGCUUGUUUUAUAAUAAA